AUGGACUGGAAUAUUGAUAGAAAAAUCUCUACUGUGACUAUUGAUAAUUACUCCACAAAUGAUGCCAUGAUUACCAUGUUGAUGGAUAAGUUAAGUAAUACAUCACUUUUGUUGGGUGGUACUUUGUUUCAUAUGCGUUGUUAUGCACAUAUUUUGAAUUUGAUAGUGAAAGAUGGAUUGGACGUCAUACGAGUUGGUGUGGAGAAAAUUCGAGAGAGUGUAGCUUAUUGGACAGCAACACCAAAAAGACUAGAAAAAUUUGAAGAAACAGUCAACCAAUUGCUUGUACUUGAUCCUAGGUAUAAGAUGAGUGUAUUGGAGUUUUAUUUUGAAAAACUUUAUGGAGACAAAGCUGAAGAUGAAGUUGAUAGGGUUCGUCAGAUUUGUUAUGAUUUGUUGCAAGAGUAUCAGCACUGA